AUGCCGCGUCCAGCCAUGAAGCCAUCCCUCGACGUGGCACCCCCUGAUACCGGUGUGCUUCCACAGGAAGACGUUGCCAGAGGUCCACGUUCGCUUUCUCCUCCGAGGUUCUUCCGCGCUGUUGAUUCGGAUCAGCAGCACAAGGCAGAAAGCCCAUGGGGAUCUGCGUUUCGGCAAACGUUGGACGGUGGCAUGACUGCCACGGCCCGCCUUCGACUGGAUGAAGCGACGAGGCUGUUCCCGGAGGCUCACCGACCGCCACAUCCACGGAAACAGGAUGCAUGCUCAGGCAGUUCUUUGCGACCGAGGCAAGCUUUAUCUGACGAACAUCAUCCGAAGAGGAACAUGCAAAGACCACAGAUAGGACUUGGCGCCCGCAAUCGGGGCGUUCUUUUGGAAGGUCCGAUGGCAAGUCCGUCCAUGUUGGCGGGGUCAGCACAACCAUCCACACAAACGACUCUGCAGCAUCGAGGACCCUGCGUGGUGCAAGGUCUUCAUACUGCUGACUCCGGUCAGGUUUUGGUGUCACGAGGAAACCUCCACCAGGCACCAGCAGCGACACCCCUGCAAAGCCGGGGGUGCAGCCACUCGUCCCAGUCAUGUCCAGAGCCGGUGACUGGUCUAUUCAGUGCGGCGGGAGCUUCUGGUGGCUUUGCCAGACCGCUCCCGGUGCCCGUGGCAUCCAAGCCGUUGGGCAAACAACUGGCAGCAGUUCAUCUUGGAGCAAUUGCAACACAGAGGAGUGUGUCUCCGUUGUCUCCGCGCGGAAGUUCCACCAGCUCGGCUCCAUUGCAGUACACUCGCUAUGUUCGAACUCCCGUCAGGGCCAGAUCGAUCUCCCCUGCACCAGUGAUCCAUGGAGCAAACAACGCUUCAAGUCUGAAGUGGUCCAUGUUGCCACCGUCGCCGACUGCGUCACCAGCAACAUCCUUCCGAACUACGUUCAGCUAUAUUCAGCCGUCUGCUGCUUCUGUGUCAUCUCCAGUUCGAGGGUGGGAAGCCGCGCGGUCACUGUCUCCAGUGGUGGCGUAUCGAUCCGUGCUACAGCCUGUGCCGGCUCCAAAGUAUGUCCUGGGUGCAGUGAUGCAUCGAACUUCGAGUAUGCGAGCUAUGCCAGGUCCCGAAUUCGGGUGUACUCAGACGACGCCGGCUGUGAUCUCUCACUGGGAGGCGGAAGCCCCGUCGAUCGGUGCUACUCGUCCGACCUUGUGUCCAGAACCUUCAGAUCAUCUUGGCAGCGGAAUUACGAGAACAGUGGCUGCUGAGCAAGAGGAGCUGCACGAGGAACACCAGGAUAUGGAUGAAUCGGCACGUGUGCAGGAGAGCAACGAGGAAGAGGAGGCCUACAUUCUGUCGGCAUUCCGCCACAAUCAUCAAAGCACAGAUGAGCGGCAUCGAGGGGAGAGCGCGGCCGCCUGGAGGAAAGCCGUGGCGGAUGCAUCUUUUGCCGCCAAGGCUGUUCUUGAUAUGGCGCCUGUAACACAGCAAGUCGCUGAUGUUGAAGACUCUCCUCCAAGCAUGGAAACUCUCCGAGCCACCCUGCAAGUAUUGCGCGCACGCGAUGACAGUGCACCUCCAUGUACUGCAAAGACGGUGUAUGGGCUUGAUGUAGACCAGAAAAACAUCCUGAACGACCAGUCAACUGCGGCUGCUCUCGAGACAGCAGCAAUGAACUUGGCUAGUGCUGCGGCUGAAGCAGCCACUGCUCUGGAAUGCAGGCAGUAG